AUGCUUGGGAACUGGCGCCCCAUCAGUCUUCUCAAUGUUGAUAGAAAGAUCUUGGCAAAGAUUCUUUUGUGGCACUUGUCGUCAGUAGCAGGCGAUUUCUCAGCAGUUUUGGCUAUCUGGAAGGCUUUGGAACGAUGCAGGGCUUCUGGAUGGAGAAAGUACUUGCUGGCAUUGGAUCAGGCAAAAGCUUUUGAUCGAGUGAAUCAUGAAUAUCUGUGGUUGCUACUUGGUAGACACAGCCUGCAGGGAAGGUUUAUAGAUUGGCUGAAGACAUUAUAUAAAGGGGCUGAGAGCUUCCCACUUGUUAAUGGUUGGGUUGGGCGGCCUUUUGAGGUCGGCUCUGGUGUGCGCCAGGGAUGUCCUUUUAAGCCUCCUGCUAUAUGA